CACAUCUUCCACCACUUAUAACCUUAUUCUAACCCGUGUUUACAUUAUUAUCAGCAUAUUCUUUAACUAGUCGUUUAGAUUAUUAUUAGUUAUUUUAUUAAAUAUUGUAAGUAUUCUUCACUAUAUUCUUCAUUUUUAUUAAAUAUCGUUAAUUUAAUUGUCAAGAAUUUUGUCGGAAUAUUCAUAAAAUUGUAUAUAAAAAGUGAAAGGAGUGAACAUUUUAUUGUGAGUUAAUAAACGGACGCCAAAUGUUUACUUUAAAUGUAUGAGUCCUAUGAAGUGAUGUGAAGAAAAACAUUGCAUUGGAUUCUGUUAUACGCUAUUCAUUCAUAUUAUUUCAAUUGUUUCUAAAAAUAACAUUCACUACAAAUUGAUAUAUUGCUAACAUUACGCGAAGAAAGUGCUAAAAGCUAUUAAAAAGCUCACAAUGGAUGACUUGAGGCUAUCGGAAAUGGCUUAUCUCAAUAUUCCCGAUCGGGAUAGAGAUAAGAGUCCAUCUCCAGCCGAUUCUAUGGCCUCUUCUGCCACAGAUCUUUCAACAUUACCCAUGAAUUUAGGACAACGAAGGGAUGAAUCGACCGGUUUAAACAGUCAUUUAGUGUUUGCGAUAUCUGCGGCGGCAUUGGGCUCAUCCUUCCAACACGGAUACAAUACGGGUGUUGUGAACGCACCGCAAGAAUUAGUACAAAAGUUUAUCUCCGAGGCUCACACCGAAAGGUUCCAUGACUUGAGUUUGAAUAUUACAUCCAAUACAACAUCAAGCGAUGUGAGCGGCGAUGCGGUCACUGUUAACCUAAUCUACUCUAUUAUGGUCUCAAUCUUCUGUAUCGGAGGAAUGAUUGGCGCUCUUCUCACCGGUUAUGUCGCCGAAAAGUUUGGUCGAAAGGGCGGUCUUCUCUGGAAUAACGUGUUUGUGUUUCUGGCGGCAGGACUUAUGGGCUUCUCGAAGAUGUGCCGCUCCUAUGAAAUGCUAAUAAUGGGCCGAUUCUUCAUUGGCUUUAACGCAGGUCUAAACGCUGGUUUGGCGCCAAUGUAUUUGACGGAAAUAUCACCGACACAUUUGAGAGGUGCCAUCGGAACUAUAUAUCAGUUGGUUAUCACAAUCUCUAUCCUCACUUCAAAUAUUUUGGGUUUACCUCAGAUAUUGGGAACUGCAGACAAAUGGCCCAUACUUUUUGCACUGACUUGGCUGAGGGGCACAAUUGAAGUGCACGACGAAAUGGAUGACAUGAGGGCUGAAUACGAAUCGAUGAAACUGGUGCCCAAAGUUACGCUUCACGAGCUCUGGUAUAACUCAAUGCUGAGACAACCGCUGUUCAUAUCACUGGUGGUAAUGUUGAGCCAACAGUUCUCUGGUAUAAAUGCCGUCAUAUUCUUCUCGACCGACAUCUUCGAGAGGGCGGGUUUGGAUAAAUCGGCCGCACUUUACGCCACUUUGGGAAUCGGAGUAAUCAAUGUAAUGAUGACAAUCGUUUCGCUCAUAUUGGUUGAAAAAUCCGGUCGAAAGACACUGUUGUUGACAGGUUUAGGCGGAAUGUUCUUCACGACAAUAGUGUUGACCUUCUGCUUAGCACUUAAGGAUAGUUUCGAGAUCUUGAGAUAUGUCAGUAUUUUAGCCGUCUAUAUGUUUGUUGUGAUGUUCGCGUCGGGUCCGGGAUCUAUACCGUGGUUUUUAGUGGCCGAGUUGUUUGGUGUCGGCGCCCGAGCGAUGGCCACAAGUAUUGCAGUGUCUGUGAACUGGACGGCAAACUUCAUAGUGGGUCUCGUCUUCUUACCACUUCAGGAAACAAUGGGAGGCUAUGUAUUUGUCAUAUUCUCAGUACUAUUGGCAUUGUUUUGGGUCUUUGUCUAUAAGAAAGUUCCGGAAACAAAGGGUAAAACUGUUGACGAAAUCGCCGCCGCUUUCAGACAAAAGGCCUAUCAAUAAAGCGAUCGAUUGAAUGGAAAAUAUUAUUUUGUAUAGCAUUUGACAUAUUCUAGAGAUAUAUAGCAAUAUAUUAUAACAUUUAUUUUGAUUGACAGCA